AAGAAGACAGAGGAAAACUACAGGUCGGACAAUUUUAGCUCUACAAGAACUUGGAGAACAAGCUAUUUUCUGAUGCUCUUGCAACCGAAAGGUUAUGUGAUUUUGCUCUUCCACUUCUAAACUUCACUUCAAGUAAAACCCCUUUCUGAUCACUACCUAAACCCCUCUCUCUCUCUCUCUCUCUCUCUCUCUCUCCCCGAUGGACAUCGAUUUCAAAGAGUAUCAAUUGCGCUGCCAACUCCGAGGCCACGAGGACGACGUUCGUGGAAUUUGUGUUUGCGGAAAUGCGGGUAUAGCCACCUCGUCACGUGAUCGAACUGUGAGGCUGUGGUCCUUGGACCCUUCCGAUGAAAGGCGGUACUCGGAGUCGAAGAUUCUGCUGGGGCACACCAGUUUUGUGGGCCCAUUGGUGUGGAUUUCACCCAAUGAGGAAUACCCAGAUGGCGGAAUUGUGUCCGGCGGCUUGGACACGAUGGUAUUGGUGUGGGACUUGAAGACUGGGGAGAAGGUGCAAACUCUCAGGGGCCAUCAGUCGCAGGUCACCUGCCUCGCUUUGGAUAAUGGAGACAUUGUCUCAUCUUCUAUGGACUGUACUUUAAGACGGUGGAGGAAAGGCCAGUCGUUAGAAUCAUGGGAGGCUCAUAAGGCACCGAUCCAAGCAGUUGUAAAGCUUCCUUCGGGCGAGCUUGUCACGGGUUCAAGUGAUACUACUUUAAAACUUUGGAGAGGAAGUACAUGCACUCACACUUUUGUUGGGCAUACAGAUACUGUUAGAGGUCUGGCAGUGAUGUCUGAAUUGGGAAUUCUUUCUGCUUCACAUGAUGGUUCCAUUAGGUUAUGGGCUCUAAGCGGUGAAGUUUUAAUGGAGAUGGUUGGUCAUACUUCAAUUGUAUAUUCAGUUGAUUCACAUGUGUCUGGAUUAAUAGUCAGUAGCAGCGAAGAUUGUUUUGCUAAGAUAUGGAAAGAUGGAGUUUGCGUGCAGAGCAUAGAGCAUCCUGGCUGUGUUUGGGAUGCAAAAUUCUUAGAAAAUGGGGAUAUUGCGACAGCAUGUUCUGAUGGAGUUGCACGUAUCUGGACAGUAAAUCAGGAUAAAAUUGCUGAUGCCCUAGAAGUGGAGUUAUAUUUCUCCCAGAUUGCUCAGCACAAAAUUAGCAGGAAGAGGGUUGGAGGGUUGAAAUUGGAAGAAUUACCUGGGCUAGAGGCCUUACAGAUUCCAGGAACCAGUGGUGGCCAGACAAAAGUUGUCAGAGAAGGGGACAAUGGUGUGGCGUAUGCAUGGAAUAUAAGAGAACAGAAGUGGGAUAAGAUUGGCGAAGUUGUUGAUGGGCCAGAUGGUGGCAUGAAGCGUCCUGUUCUUGAUGGAAAUGAAUAUGACCAUGUAUUUGAUGUCGACAUUGGAGAUGGUGAACCAAUUCGUAAGCUGCCUUACAAUCGAUCAGAUAAUCCAUAUGAUGCUGCUGACAAGUGGCUUCUGAAGGAGAAUCUUCCUCUUUCCUACCGGGAACAGGUUGUAGCUUUCAUUCUCCAAAAUACUGGACAGAAAGACUUCACACUUGAUCCAUCAUUUCGUGAUCCCUAUACUGGGUCUAGUGCUUAUGUACCUGGACAAUCUUCAAACAAGUCUGCUUCUGCAAAACCUACCUUCAAACAUGUUCCUAAGAAAGGAAUGCUUGUUUUUGACGUGGCUCAGUUUGAUGGAAUCCUCAAGAAGAUUACAGAAUUCAAUAAUAACCUACUCUCUGACCAGGAAAAGAAGAACUUGUCUUUAAAUGAAGUGGAGGUUUCCAGGCUGGUUGCUAUUGUUAAAAUAUUGAAGGACACGUCACAUUAUCAUUCUAGUAAAUUUGCUGAAGUUGACAGUGCUAUGUUGCUGAGGUUGCUAAAAUCAUGGCCAGUUGCAAUGUUAUUUCCAGUUAUUGAUACUUUGAGGAUGAUUGUCCUGCACCCUGAUGGGGCAACUGUACUUCUCCAGCAUGCUGAAGCUCGGAAUGAUUUACUAUUGGAAAUGAUCAAAAGAGUCGCAACAAAUCCUUCACUUCCUGCUAAUCUCUUAACUAGUGUUCGUGUUGUGACCAAUCUUUUCAAGAAUUCGUGCUACUACAAUUGGUUACAAAAGCAUCGCAGUGAGAUUCUAGAUGUGUAUUCAAGUUGUUCUUCAUCUCCGAAUAAGAAUUUGCAGUUAUCAUACGCAACCUUGAUUCUCAAUUAUGCUGUUUUGUUGAUCGAAAAGAAGGAUCAGGAAGGUCAAUCGCAGGUUCUUUCAGCAGCACUUCAGAUUGCAGAAGAGGAAAAUCUAGAAGUUGAUGCAAAAUUUCGAGCUUUAGUUGCCAUCGGAUCACUGAUGCUUGAGGGCCUUGUGAAAAAGAUAGCUAUCGACUUUGAUGUUGAAAACAUUGCUAAAAUAGCAAAGGCUUCGAAAGAAACCAAGAUUGCUGAAGUUGGAGUGGACAUUGAACUUUUAACAAGACAAAGCUGACUUUCUGAAUAUCUGGAGAAUGGGGAAACGUUCAUUAACAGGUCAAAGUGAUUCAAGUAGGAGUAAGCAACCGAUAUGGUUUGACCUCACCACAUCAUCCAUGCACAUGAUUCUGAAUAUAUACAUCACUAUGACAUAUAAACAUUCAAUGAUUUUGGCCAAAAAAGGGAUCCAAUGAUUUAGGAACACCCUGGUUGGUUGUGACUAUGAGAAGGCAUCAACAUCUUUCAUUUGAAACUGAGUUUAGUGGAAUAUAUGAAUGAGAAAAUGUGUUACUUGGGUGUCAAUUGUACCAUUAAAGGUGGUUGUUGAUGGAAAGCAGUUGAAAGGAAUUGAACGUUUUGAAAGGCC